CGGCCACAAACCGCUCUGUCACUUGUUAAAGACGAGUUACGAUGUGAAAAUGUAAGCAAUGUGGAUAAUACCGACAUGAACGGGAUUGUUGUGUUGUUUUGAGGAAGUUUCUCCCGCUGAAAACGAAUGACAACAACACACACAAGUGUUGGCAGCUUACAUUAACUGACAUACAGUGGUGGCAUCCACAAAGAUGAGGAUCCAAGGGCAGCCUGAAGGCGCUAGAAGGCGUCUGGAUUUAAGUUUAGUUGGUGAACUGAGGGGUGUGGAAGUCAGCCGCGGUCGAGCUGGAUAUGGAUUUACUAUAGCAGGACAGCGCCCAUGUGUUAUGAGUGGGAUUUUAAAGGGAAGCCCUGCUGACCUGGUGGGACUUAAACAAGGGGAUCGCAUAAUGGCUAUCGAUGGGACAGAUGUUUCAGCUGCCUCUCAUGAGACUGUGGUACAGCUCAUUGGAAGCUCCAGGGGCCCUCUGAGACUGGUGGUUCACACUGAAGGUCGCAUAAUUGAAAAUCCUAUUCUAGCUGAUGAAAAGUUUGGCCAGAAAGGGAGGGGUUUCCAAAGAGCAGGUGUUCUCCGUACCAUCUCAGACGAUUCUAAUAACUCCUCUUUUAACCAAGUAACCACUUUUAGACAAAGGCCUGUGUCAGAGCCGGACAUGUCACAGUGGUCACAACAAUGGAGUGCUUUAACUCAGCAGGACAAGGAAGAGCUCUCCAGGUCAAGGGACACAGACUCUGUUUUCACUGACACAGAGGAAGUGAGUCCAGAGUGGAGUGUGUUGAACAUGACUUUGGUGGUGGGCUACCUGAGCUCCACUGAGCUCAUCCUCAACACUUCAGACUCUGAUGACUGUUUAAAAGCUAUUCUGGAGCGAAUCCGACAGUUGGGAACAGAGCAGGACACGCACACUUUGGUCAUGAUGAAGAUCAUGUUUGACUGUAUUCGACUGUGUGACGAUGCAGGUGCUGUACUGGCAGCUUUUCCAGCUGAGAACCUGGUUUUAGGAGCAGUGUGUGCAGAAGAUUCCCGUUUCUUUUGCUUGGUGACCACAGCACACAUCAUCAAUGGCCAGGUACCAGAGGACAGCCCCUUAAGGGCCUCCUGCCAUGUUUUCUUCAUUGACCCAGAGCUGAGCAGACAUCAGGACCACAUCGGCAUCGCUGGACGUUUUAGCUUGAGCUGCACUGCAGACCCGGACACGUCUGGCUGCCUGGAGUUCCCCCAAACACCGUCAGACGUGCUGCACUUCGUCACAGUGUUGUACAGUGAUAUGGGAGAGGCGGUGGAGAGGCUCAGGACCAAGCUGGACUCUGAGGCCCAGCAGCAGGCUUAUGCCAAUGGUACCAGUGAUAACCACGGCAGCGCUAGCAGCAAUGGGGACAGCGGAAUAGGGAAUAGUUCACCUCCUGAACAGAGAACAGAUCGGGAUUUCCCAUCCAUGGUGAAAACCCCCCCUGGAUCCCACCUUCCCAGCUGUCCCUGGGAUUAUCCUGCGUCUGAAGACCUCACCCCAAUAAACCUUUCUAAGAACCAGCCCAAACCUAAUCUUGAGAACAGUACAGGCACGCAUUCCCUUUCCGAGUCUCUUCCUGGCCCCGAUGGUCUUACCAGCUUCUAUGGGGGACCCCCACCCAGGCUGGAGUUCCAGUUCAAGCCACCACCUCCACCACUGCCGCUCACUAAAAAAACAAACUUCUUGGCAGACCCUCUUCGGAGGAGCCAGAGGUGGUUUUCAAAGCCCAAGUGGUCCAGGACAGUGAAUGAUGAGAAUGAGCCUCAGGAGGUCCCCAGCUGGUCUAGUGCGGGCCUAGGGUCCGGCCCCUCCAACAUGCCGCCGCCUAUGAGCCAAAUCCCCUCAGACAGGUACCAGGCAGCGGACGCCAUGAUGCUCCCACCACAAGAGGAGUGGACCAAGCGCUUUAUUGAGCAAAGAGACAAACAACACAAGUGCGCUCACAAAAAUGGCUCAAGGUUUUGGGGAAGGGGUGUCGUCCGAGCCUCAAAACGGCGCUCAUCAAAACGCCUCAGUCUGGCGAGAUCUCUGGACGACCUUGAGUCCGCUGCGUCUUCAGAUGGUGAUUACGGUGGGGUCCAGUUGCAGGGAUGCUGCAGCCAGAGCAGCCUGAACAGUAAUGGCAGUCUCCCCGGAGCAGGGGGCCAGGAGCAGCGUGUGGCCAGCUGGGCCACGGGCUUCGAACGGCUCCUCCAGGAUCCUGUUGGCGUGCGCUACUUUUCGGAAUUCCUCAAGAAAGAAUUCAGUGAGGAGAAUAUCUUGUUCUGGCAGGCCUGUGAAUACUUCAGUCAUGUCCCUGCAACGGAUAAAAAGCAGUUGUCUCAGAGAGCCGGGGAGAUCUACAACAGCUUCCUGUCGAGUAAAGCCACAAUGCCGGUCAACAUUGACAGUCAGGCUCAGCUCGCUGACGACGUUCUCACCUCGCCACAGCCGGACAUGUUCAAAACACAACAGCUGCAGAUUUUUAACCUGAUGAAGUUCGACAGCUAUUCUCGUUUCCUCAAGUCUUCAUUGUAUCAAGAAUGCGUGCGAUCAGAAAUAGAUGGUCUUCCCUUACCGGACCCAUACCAAAUUCCCUGUAGCCCAGCUCCCUCCAAACACAGCGCCAGCUCCGACCGCUCCAGUCUUUCCACUCCCAAAAAGGAGGCUAGAAAACAGAGGUCGGGGAGGUCACUGAAUGAAGACAGCAAUGAAAGCGCAGAUAAAAAACGUGGUAUUUUCUUUUCGUGGUCCCGGAAUAGGAGUUUUGGAAAAGGUCCAAAGAAAAAGGACAUUGGGGACCUUAACCUUGACCACUGGGGUAGCAAUGGCCGGAGGGAGUCCCAGGGCUCCCUCUCGUCUGGUACAAGCUUAGAGAUGGCGACUUCCUGUUCGGCCGGCAAGAUUGAGCUGGAGAACCGUCACUCAGUCGGUGUAUGGGAACGCUCGCCAAAGCAGUGCAGCGUGAUUCUUCCUGACGGCUCCAGCUCCUCCAUCACCCUUCGACCCGGAGCCUCCAUCAGGGACGUCCUCCAAGAUCUCUGUCAAAACAUUGGUGUCAACAUCGCUGCCGUGGACCUGUUCCUGGUGGGGGGAGAGAAGCCUUUAGUUUUGGACCAGGACUGUAUGACCCUCAGCUCCAGAGACCUGCGACUUGAAAAACGAACAUUAUUUAGGCUGGACCUUGUUCCCAUAAACCGUUCCGUGGGGUUGAAAGCCAAGCCCACCAAACCAGUCACUGAGGUCCUCCGUCCUGUGGUGGCCAAAUACGGCCUCCACCUCAGCGAACUGGUGGCCAAAAUAGCUGGGGAGACUGAGCCAUUGGACUUGGGUGCACCCAUUUCAAGCUUGGAUGGUUUGCGUGUUGUUUUAGAGCGUGCAGAUCCAGCAGCCUCAGGGAAAGAUAAAUCCAAGUCCUCUUCUCUCAAGAGCCACCCUCCCACCAGAAGCCUCUCUGCUACUGGAGAUGAGAGGUCAACACCAAAGGACUUUGCUUUGAGAGCUGGACCUGACUCCGGACUCCCAGGCGAAAAGAGAAAACAGAAAAAGAUUAAUAUAGAUGAAGCCGAAGAAUUCUUCGAGCUGCUGAGCCGUGCACAAAGCUCUCGGGCCAAUGAUCAACGUGGCCUUCUGAAUAAAGAUGACCUGGUGCUCCCUGACUUCCUGCGUCUGACCUCUGACCUCUCCUGCUCGACUCCAGAGUCCAUCAAAUCGCACAGAGAAAACGGUGUCCCAUCACGGGCGCCGCUGUCCUCCCGCUCCGAGAGCUUGGACUCCUCCCUUAGCUCCAGUGCCAACGGACUCUCCCGGAGGUGCCUGAUGCCCCCGCGCCACACAUUCGGCACGCACCUAUCCCCCAUCCCACGCCCCUCGGACUUACGCUCAGGCCUACGCACAGUGGAGGAGGACGUGCCCACAGACCUGACUCUGGUGGGAGAGGGUGACAUCAGUAGCCCCAAUAGCACCCUGCUGCCCCCCUCUCCGCCCGCCGUGCCAUCCUUCAACACCAGUCUCCCGGAGGCCAAUUUCACCCCUCCCCCGCCCUGCUCCAAGCCCGACGCAGAGGGGAAAGCCACUUCAGACUGUGAGACUGACACGAGCUCAAACUCCAAGUCUCCCAUGAUCAAGGUGGACCAGGCCCCGUCGCCUGCGGAGGUGAUGGACGUGGAGGGUGUACACCUGGAGGAAGGGGGCGCCGCCGAGUCCACGUCCCAGGGCGAGGACUCGGAGCUCAGCUUGAGUUUCCAGGGAUACGUGGCCGAACUGCGCCAGUGCCAGAGCAAAAUGAGGAGCGCUCAGAUGCCCCAAAACGGACGCAAUCCUCCAGAGGGACAAGACUGCAAGACAGAAAUGUACAAGGCCACAAUCGUCUAA